AUGCCGCUGCAGGACGACACCCUCCGAGAGGUGUGGGCCUCGGACAGCGGGCAUGAGGAGGAAGGCCAGAGCCCGCAGGUCCAGCAGCGCACCAAGCAGAGGCCCCCGCUUUCCUUCCUCUCCCGCACCCCGCAGCGGCAGAAGUUGAAGAAGAAGAAGACAGAGGCCCCAGAGGCCCCAGAGGCCCCCUGCCCCAAGGGAUCAAAGCCCCGGAGACCUGGAGCCGGGCGGAGGGGGAGCCCGCGCGGGGAGCCCGCCCAGGAUCCGGCCGAGGCCCGGGCACCGCAGACAGUCUACACCAAGUUCCUCAGGGACCCCGAGGCCAAGAAGCGCGACCCUCGGGAGACCUUCCUGGUAGCCUGCGCCCCAGACGCAGAGGACGGGGAUGAGGAGGAAGAAGAGGACCUCGAAGAUGAAGAGGAGGAGGAAAAGAAAGAAAAAAUCCGUCUGCCUCCCAAGAAGCCCCCCAAAGAGAAGGCUUCUGCAGACACAAAGGAGAGGAAGGCCAAGGCCCAGGGUCCGAAGGGGGACCUGGGAAGCCCUGUCCCCCGAUUGAAACCUCUGCGCACGAAGAAGAAGGAGGCACCAGCGGGGGAAGGGGCCAAGAUGAGAAAGAAGAAGGAAGGGUCCGGGGAGGCUGACAAGGACCGCUCAUCAAGUCCAACAAGAGUGAGGAAGAAGACUCCAGCAGCCAUGUUUCUGGUUGGGGGGGAUGGCCCCCCGGAGCAAGCUGCAAAGAAGAAAGGCACUCCCAAAGGCUCAGAAGAGGAGAGGAAGGAGGAAGAGGAUGAGGCGGAAGAGGCAGCAGCUGUGAUGACCAAGAACAGCAAUCAGAAGGGCAAAGCAAAAGGAAAAGGCAAAAAGGUUGGAAAGGAGGAGAGGGCCCCAUCCCCACCCGUGGAAGUGGACGAUCCCCAGGAGUUCGUGCUUCGACCUGCUCCCCAGGGCCGGACGGUCCGCUGCCGGCUGACCCGGGACAAGAAGGGCAUGGACCGGGGCCUGUACCCCUCCUACUUCCUGCACCUGGACACAGAGAAGAAGGUGUUCCUCUUGGCCGGCAGGAAACGGAAACGGAGCAAGACAGCCAAUUACCUCAUCUCCAGCGACCCCACCAAUCUGUCCCGAGGAGGGGAGAAUUUCAUCGGGAAGCUGAGGUCCAACCUCCUGGGGAACCGCUUUACGGUCUUUGACAACGGGCAGAACCCGCACCGUGGAGGCAGCACGAAUGUGGGGAGCCUUCGGCAGGAGCUGGCAGCUGUGAUCUAUGAAACCAACGUGCUGGGCUUCCGAGGUCCCCGGCGCAUGACGGUCAUCAUUCCCGGCAUGAAUUCGGACAACGAGAGGGUCCCCAUUCGGCCCCGCAAUGCCAGCGACGGGCUGCUGGUGCGCUGGCAGAACAAGACACUGGAGAGCCUCAUCGAGCUGCACAACAAGCCUCCCAUCUGGAACGAAGACAGCGGCUCCUACACCCUCAACUUCCAAGGUCGAGUCACCCAGGCCUCGGUCAAGAACUUCCAGAUUGUCCAUGCUGAUGACCCCGACUACAUCGUGCUGCAGUUCGGCCGCGUGGCCGAGGACGCCUUCACCCUGGACUACCGGUACCCGCUGUGCGCCCUGCAGGCCUUCGCCAUUGCUCUCUCCAGUUUCGACGGGAAACUGGCCUGCGAGUGACCCUAGUAGCCCCCAGCGCCCGCCAGAGUUGGGGAAAGGAUUCAGGUUGAAGUCUCGCACGGUCCCGUCACCAGAGGCCCCACUGAAGACUCCUCCCUUGUCGGAGGCUGACCCCUCACUGUCUCCGAGUGACCUCCGUCCACUACCCAGCCUGGCACAGGCCGAGGCAGGGGAGGAGCUCAGACGGCGGGUCGGACGGAGAUGAAGAACAUCUGGAGUUGGAGCCGCACAUCUGGUCGCGGAGCUAGCUAGCCUGUGCCGCUUCACCACCACCACCUCCGCCCGGCGCCCCAGUCACUUCCUGUCCAGGAGCAGUAGUCAGUGUUGU